GCUACAGCUGGCUCUUCCCACGAGCCAAGAAGAACCCACCCAUGGACAACGACCAAGCAACCUUCUGGCUGAGCCAGUUCAUCGGCAAGAACCUGCGCAUCCACGCAAGCGACGGCCGCGUCUUCGGGGGCCAGAUGAAGUGCACCGACAAGGACCGCAACAUCAUCCUUGCACUCGCUCACGAGUAUCGCGCUCCCUCCGCCGACGCGGUGCGCAAGGCCGUCGAGGAGUCGGGGAACCCAUCUGCCUCGGUCGCCUGGAACAGCCGCUAUGUUGGCCUGAUUGUUGUGCCGGGCCAGCAUAUCAGGAAAAUUGAGUUUGAGGAGAGUACGCUGCCGGGCCAAAAGAACCCAAUCGCUUUGUAAAGCGGGGUUGGAUUAGAGUUUGGUGAGGCUGAAGAACACACGUCACGUGCUGCCCGAGGCAUUCGCCAUGCCUGUGGUAAUGAAUUAAUGACAAUCACUGGAACAUGAGUGGCUCCAUGUACCAUUCGGUACCGAUAACUACCACCACUCCCAAUAAUAGCAAUUGCAUCCCAGACUUCUUCGGUUUGCGGUUACCAAAGAUGUUUGCCAGGAAUUUGCAUAUAUCCCUCAUGCACUCUCAUCCAUCAUCCUCCAUCACUAACAGCAUACACCAGAGCAGCGAAGGCAUUGAAAAAGACUCGCACCGCUCACUCUGAACCACCAUGCCGGACCAAGACUCUCCCCGAAAUACCAAUAAUUCUUCCCAUACCUCUGCUUCACCUGGCCAAGACCGUCCUACCACAAACGAAGCCCCGUCUCAAAAUCUCAU